AUUUCUUACUACUUUUUCCCUUACUGAUAUACAUAUUAUUUUCUUAUAUACAUUAUGGCGUUUCUGCAUGGUUUCAAGAAAAACUUGAACCGAGCUGGUCAAUCGAUUAUGCAACGAACUGGUGCCUCGGAUAAAACUGCUGAUAGUGAGUUUGAUGAAGAAUAUACUCGAUUCAAAACUUUGGAGAAAAAGUCUGAAAAGUUAUCAAAGGAAACAAAAGGAUAUUUGGAUUCACUUCGAGGCAUGACUACAGCACAAACUCGUAUUGCUCAAACUAUUGAAUUAUUCUAUGAUGAUAGCAAUCCUAUGGGUCAAAGUGGUGCAGAUUAUAAACGUACAAUGGAAAAACUCGAUGAAGAAGCUAGAACAGAUUUGGACACUGCCUUUAGAACAACCGUGCUCGAACCCUUUGGACGAUUUUGUUCUUACUUCCCUGAAAUCAAUGAAGCUGUGAAACGACGACAAAAGAAAUUAUUAGAUUAUGAUACACAGCGAUCCAAGGUGCGCAAAUUGAUUGAUAAACCAAGUGAAGAUCCUCAGCGACUACCAAGAGCCGAACAAGAAGCCAACUUGGCCCGUGAGAUGUAUGAAAAUCUGAAUAGUAUUUUGGUGAAUGAUCUACCCAAGGUGGUUGAACUUCGUGUACCUUACCUGGAUCCAUCCUUUGAAGCUCUUAUUAAGUCUCAAUUACGAUUUGCACAAACAAGUUAUGAACAAUUAGAAGGUUUACGACAUCAUUUUCCUCCUGAAAAUGAAAAUGAUCAGCGUGUGGAUAAUGUAUUACAGCAAAUGCGCGAACUGACCAUCUGUGGAAACUUUUAAUAGUCUUAUUUUAGUAGUAGUAGUAUUAGUAUUCUAUGUCUUUGUAUUAACACCCAUUCUUUAAAUAAAUUAUAUUACUUUUA